AUGAAUUCUCGUCUAUGUUUGUCAAAAUUAAUUAAUUUUUCUAAAAAAUUAAAUGUUAUUCAAAAUAGAAAUACAUCAAUAUUUAAUCGUCCUAAACGUUUUUACAAAAAUGUUACUGUCACAAGAGAUACUGAAGAAGAGAAUAAAUUUGUAGUUCUUCUUGAUAACAAAAAAGUUAAAACUUUAGGUCAAAAUGUGUUAAAACUUCCAACAGAAGCAUUAGCAGAAGUUAUAGCACAUGAAUUUGAUUCACAAUUAGAAACAUUAAAUAUGACACAUAUGCGUUUGACAGGAUUAGCUUUUACUUCUAUGGACAAUCCUUUCCAUCAAACAAAAGAGGAUAUCAUUAACAAUGUAAUGGAAUUUGUCCCAACAGAUACCAUUUUAUAUAUUUCUGCUGAAAAUGAAAAGUUAUAUAAUAAAGAGAAAGAAUUAUGGCUACCUGUAAUAGAUUGGGUUAACAAAAAAUUUGAUGUUGAUUUAAAACCUACUGAAAGCUUGUUUGAUUUACCUGAAAUUUCAUCAAAAACUAAUGAAACUUUUAGGCAAUAUUUUGAUAAAUUUAAUUUUUGGCAAUUAACUGGAUAUCAAUAUUCUGUUGAAGCUAUGAAAUCUAUUUUACUAUCAAUAGCCGCAACUGAAAAUGUAAUGCAUGUUGAUAAAGCUGUUGAAGCUUCGAGAAUAGAACAAAUUUAUCAAUCACAAAUAUGGGGAAAUGUAGAGUGGUCUCAUGAUUUGGAAGAAAUGGAGUUAGCAUGUCGAAUGGCAGCAGGGAAAUUAUUUGUUAAUUUAAGUAAAGAAUCUACGUAA